CUGGGCCACUCCGCUCUGGCACACUGAGCAUCGAGCUGGCAGUUGGGUAGAAAUCAGAGUACAAACCAGCCGAGCAGCGCGACCGAGAUGACCCACUUUUCGGUUUUCGCACUGAGACCCAACUGCUACCCACAGAAAGUGGACAACUAGGCGGAGUUUUUUCUAUAUAGCAGUAGCAUAUAUAGGCAACCGAUCGUGUUUUUCGGAUAUUAUGUACAGCCUACGUAGCCUAGUGUAAACUCUAUGCAUUUAUGUGAAUUUCCCAGCGCAAACGUGGAAGAGGAAAACCUGAGGCGACCUGAAAAAGCAGCAGCAGUAGCAGCAGCAGCGAGCAAGAAGCAGAAGCACAAGCAGCAAAAAAGUCGUCCGAGGGGCAGCCACAGCAUGCCGUACGAGUCGAUGCACCACCAUCAGUCGGCGGCCGCUGCCGUGGCCGCUGGCACCGCCCCCAACGGAAUGCUGGACGCCCUCAGCCUCCAGCUGCGCGAUGCGGAGAUGCGGCGCACGGAGAUCGAGCGGGCGCAUCAGGAAACCCUGGCACAAAUACGCAAUCUAAGCGGAAGCGCACGUCCCGACGCCGAAGCGGUGGAGAACUUGCAGUCGAGAGCCCGGGAACUGGAAAAGAAGGUUGCGCUGGAAAAUGUGCGCUGCGAGGAGCUGCAAAUCGAACUGACCUCGGCCCUGAAGGCCAAGCAGGCAUCCCGCUCGGUCUGCUCCGGAAUGGGCAGUAUGUCGUCCGGAGCCGGCGCAACCAUUCCUACAUCGGCUAGUAGCUCCACCGUCACUUGGGCACCGACAAUCAGUCACCAGGACCAAGGCUCCGAGAUUGAUAUCAUAAUGGCCAAGAUUGAGCAGGAUAAUCGCGUGCUGGCCGAGCUGGAACAGCCUCGCACCUCAGCCAGUGCCAGCAUGUCAGUUCCGCCCAGUUCCAUGUUGAGCACGGUAAAUAGCGAAUUUAGAACCAUAUCAAAGAGUGAACUCGAAGAAGAACUGAACCGUUACAAAAGGGCCGUUCUAGGAGGUGGCGGUGGCGGGGGCGGCAUUUCGGCCCUGUCCUCCGGCUAUUCGAGCCUGCCGCACUCGCUGGCCUCCACGCUGCCCAAUGGAGGGGCCAGCACCAGCCUGAGCGGCACCAGCCUUGGCUCGCACAGCGUGGCCGCCGCUGCUGCCGCCGCAGGAGCGGGGGGCGUGGCCGGGGGCGGGGGCGGAUGCGGCGGAACGGGCGGCCUAUCAUCCAUAUCGGCCCUGGUGCCCAACUCAAUCAGCGGCAUAUCCUCGAGUCUGAGCAGUCAUGCCAUUCAAUCGAUGCAGUACGGAUCCGGACAGACGUCCGUGGAGAAGCUGCUGAGCGGAACUAGUGGAAUCACUGGCAUUCCACCCUUGCCGAGCACAACCAUGCCCCUCCUGUCACUCAACUCGCAUAACCUGCCGCCCGCCGGCUCGACCAGCUACUCGGCCUUGGGCGCCGGCGGCGGCUCCUCGCUGACGCACCCCACCAUGGCCAAUCUGGGCCUGCUGGACACCGGCGCCCUGCUGGGUACCGCCGGUUUGGGCGGCCUGGGCGUGGGACCCGGUGUCGGUGGCAUCACCGGAGCCACCUCGCUGUACGGAUUGAGCGGCGGUGGAACGGCCGGCGGACUGGGCAGCUCCUAUGGUCCACCGUUCCUGGACGUCGCCUCGAGCGCCUCGUAUCCGUUUACGGCCGCCGCCCUGCGACAGGCGUCCAAGAUGAAGAUGCUGGACGAGAUCGACAUACCGUUGGCGCGGUACAACCGCAGCUCGCCCUGCUCACCCAUACCGCCCAGCAACUGGGGACUGGACGAGUUCACCGACGGCCUCAGCGUCUCCAUGAUGCACAAUCGCGGCGGCUUGGCAUUGGGUGCCCUUGAUUUGGACACCCGCAAUCAUGGCUUGAAUGGAGCCAGCGAACCGCAGGUUGAUAUGCUGGAUAUUCCCGGAAAGGGCCGCUGCUGUGUGUUCAUAGCCCGCUUUCCCUACGAUCCUCCAGAGGAGGCUGAGGGCGAGCUCUCCCUGUGCGCCGGCGACUAUCUGCUGGUGUGGACCAGCGGGGAGCCCCAAGGUGGCUACCUGGAUGCGGAGCUGUUGGACGGGCGACGCGGCCUGGUGCCGGCGUCCUUUGUGCAGCGCUUAGUAGGCGACGACCUCCUGGAGUUCCACCAGGCGGUGCUGUCGACGCUGCGCGAUGCCGAGGACGGGUCCGGGUCGUUGCAGUGCGACACCACAUCGCUGCCCUCCUUGCCGCCGCACAACCCAUUGCUCACACACACCCACGAGGACCUGGCACGUUUGAGUGAGACGCACACCGAUCUGGAGCACGACCAGGACGACAUCAGCGACAACGUUCCAGCACCCAAGCACUUGACGCUGGAACGGCAGCUGAACAAGAGCGUGCUCAUUGGCUGGUCGCCGCCGGAGCCAGUGGGCUACAACCUCAUCGACAGCUACCACGUCUACGUGGACGGCGUGCUCAAGGUCACCGUGAAGGCCAACGAACGCACACGCGCGCUAAUCGAGGGCGUGGACUCCACGCGGCCGCAUCGCAUCAGCGUGCGGAGCGUGACCCAAAACCGGCAGACCUCGAGGGACGCCGCCUGCACGAUGAUCAUCGGGCGGGACACCGCCCACUUGGGCCCCUCGGCGGUGCGCGCCUCGCACAUAACGUGUUCCUCGGCGGUCAUCUCGUGGCUGCCGGCCAACUCCAACCACCAGCACGUGGUGUGUGUGAACAAUGUGGAGGUGCGCACCGUCAAGCCGGGCAUGUACAGGCACACGAUCACCGGCUUGGCGCCGAGCACCCAAUACCGGGUGACCGUGCGGGCCAAGCACCUGCGGGCCGUGGGCCAACAUGCGGCCAAUGUGGGCCAGCCGGGAGGCGCGGGCAGGCCGGGACAGGAGGAGGCGCCCGGGGCGUACGCCGAUUUCCGCACCCUGACCAAGGGCCUGCCUGAUCCGCCGCAGGAGAUCCAGCUAGAGGCCGGCCCGCAGGACGGUACCAUUCUGGUGACAUGGCAGCCGGUUAACAGGCCCACCUCGACGGGGCCUGUAACCGGCUAUGCUGUGUACGCCGAUGGUAAGAAGGUCACCGACAUCAACUCGCCCACCGGCGACCACGCCCUCAUCGACAUCGGCAAGCUGGGCGUCUUCAAUCCGCGCGCCGUCACCAUCCGCACCAAGUCACGCGAUUCCCAGUCGGCGGACAGCGCGCCCAUCUUGAUACCCAAUACUGUGCGCAAUGCCGUCGCACGGAGGGUGCCAAACCAGAUGGGCAUGGGUCCGCAGUUGCCGCAGGGACCGCACGGGAUGCAGCAGCAGAUGGGCGUGAUGACCGGCCAGCCGGGGCAACCGGGCCAGCAGGGUCAGCACAUGAUGGGUCAGCAGGACCACGGCCAGUACGAUCCCAACCAGAUGCAGCAGCAGGGCAUGCAGCCGCAGCCGGGUCAGCCGGGCCACCAGCCCGACGGAGGCUCCGGCUUGUUAGGUGGCCUGCUCGGUGGCCUCUUCUCGAAACCCACACAGACUCAAGUGAACCAGAAUGGCUAUCAACCAGGGGCACCAGGAGCGCAGCGGGGCAUGGUUCCGAUUCCGGGAAGGGCGCAGAACCCACAGCAACAGCAACAGCAGCAGCAGCCCUACGGACCCCAGGGUCCCAUGGGCGGGGCACGCUUUCGAGGACCAGUUCCGGGCCAGCUGAACAUGCAGGGCCAGCAGAUGCAGGGUCAAAUGCAAGGUCAGAUGCCGGGCCAGAUGCCGGGUCAAAUGCCGGGCCAGAUGCCGGGUCAAAUGCCUGGUCAGAUGCCAGGACAAAUGCCUGGUCAGAUGCCGGGUCAGAUGCCGGGUCAGAUGCCGGGUCAAAUGCCUGGUCAAAUGCCCGGCCAGAUGCCUGGCCAGAUGAUGGGACCACGAGGACCGCUCAACCAGCAACAGCAGCAGCAGAUGCAACAGGGCCAGCAGCCAGGACAACAGCAGACGCAACCCGGCCAGGCGGGACAAGCGGGCCAGAUGCCCGGGGCCCAGAAGAAACCCCGCUACUUUGUGGCCAUGUUCGACUACGACCCAUCCACGAUGAGUCCCAAUCCCGAUGGCUGCGACGAAGAGCUGCCCUUCCAGGAGGGCGACACGAUCAAGGUAUUUGGUGAUAAGGACGCGGAUGGCUUCUACUGGGGCGAGCUGCGCGGUCGCAGGGGCUAUGUGCCGCACAACAUGGUCUCCGAGGUGGAGGACACGGCAGCUGCACUGACGGCCGGUGGCCAGAUGGCCGGUCAGAUGGGCCAGGGUCAGGGUCAGGGAGCUGGCGUGGGCAUGGGCGUGGGCGUGGGCGGUACCGCCCAGGUGAUGCCCGGCCAGGGUGCUCCGCAGCAGAGCAUGCGCAACGUGAGCCGCGACCGCUGGGGCGAUAUCUAUGCCAAUAUGCCGGUGAAGCGGAUGAUCGCGCUCUACGACUACGAUCCCCAGGAGCUAAGUCCCAAUGUGGAUGCCGAGCAGGUGGAAUUAUGUUUCAAGACGGGCGAAAUCAUACUCGUGUACGGUGAUAUGGAUGAAGACGGUUUCUACAUGGGCGAGCUGGACGGCGUGCGCGGCCUGGUGCCGUCGAACUUCCUGGCGGACGCGCCCGACCAGUACAACAACCAGAUGGGUCCGGGCGGAGUGGCCGGCAGAGGCGGGCUGAGCCAGAGGGGCAGGGGUCAGGGGCCAGGAGCGAGGGGUCCGCCGCCCCCGCCACGUGACAACAUGAUGCCCGGAAUGGGCGGGCGCGGCCAGCCGGGCAAAAAUGCUCGCCCUGCUUCCCCUACACUGUUAGACAACACGGGCCAUCCUGCCCCCGAUCACCAAACGCAGGGGAUGAUCGGUCGCGUUGGUAAUGUCGGCCUGCAGCAGCAACAGCAGCAGCAGCAACUCCAACAGCAGCAGCAGCAGCAGCAGCAGUACGGUCAGCAACAGACGCAGAUGGGACAGCAGCAGCAGCAACAACAGCAAAUGGGACAACCUGGAAUGAUGGGUCAGCAGAUGGGCCAGCAGAUGGGACAGAUGGGCCAAAUGGGACAGAUGGGUCAGAUGGGCCAAAUGGGUCAGCAGCAGCAACAGCAGCCCCCGGUGACGACACAGGCGCCGACGGGCGGCCUCUUCUCCGGCGCGACUAGCCUGCUCUCUGGUGCUACCUCGGCUGCCACCGGUGGUCUAUUUGGGUCGAAGCAACCGCCCAAGACGGAUCCAAUGCAACCACCCGGUGGUGUGCAGCCAGCGCAGCAACAAGCAAACGCCUUCGGUGCCCAACAGCCCGGAAUGGGCAUGCAGCAGGGGAUGCAGCAAGGAAUGCAGUCCGGAAUGCAACCCGGAAUGCAGGCGGGCAUGCAGCCCGGCAUGCAACCCGGCAUGCAACCCGGAAUGCAACCCGGCAUGCAACCCGGAAUGCAGCCCGGAAUGCAGCAGCAGCCACAACAAGUGCCACCGCAAGCCCAGGCUCCGCCUCAAGGACCGGGCGCCGGAUUGCUGGGCGGGCUCAAGGGAAUCGCGGCAGCGGCGCCCGGCGGCGAUGUCCUAUCGAAAGGCAAAGACCUCUUCGGGAAAUUCGGGUUCGGCUUUGGCAAAUAACCCCGGUCAUUCUAUAGGGUCCUGUUAUAUUAUUCGUAGAUUAGACUUAUUAUUACUAUUAUGAUUAUGAUUAUUGCUAUUGAUUACGAUUACUAAGCUAAUAUAUACAUAUAAAAAAGAAAAAAAAACACAGAGGAGGAAAAGUAGGCAGACAGACAAACCAAUGCUAAAGUUAAAACCCAUACCCGGUCCGCUGUGGGCCAAUGCGUAUGUUGUUGUUGAUAUGAUAUGAUAUGACUAAUAGUACUAAUGGUAAUAUUUUUUAUUAAUUAAAUUGAUAGAAAUAUUAUGAGUGACCGACAGACAACAGCAGCAUCGGUCGCACAGUCGGGACAGAAACAAAGCCACAAGCCCAGAUAAAUUGUUGUAAAAUUAUUUAACAAAUUGCCUGCCGGUUUAGGUGACUGCAUCUCGAUAAAGAAUCCACUUACCCACUAAAGGAUAAAGCUCUAUAAUACAAGACCAGGUGGAUUAUCCACCUGCAGCCACACCCAGACACUCACACACACACACACACACACAGACGCAAUACACACUCACAUAGAUACUGAACACACACACAUAUAUUAUACAAAUACAAAUUCAAGUAAAGGAGGAGAAAUAUAUUAUAUACAUACAUUAUAUUUACAAUUAUUUGUUAACGCACAUUGUUAAAUUUGCUACUGUUGCUGACCAGUUUAUAAAUAAAAACCAAAAGAAAGGAGGAGAAGAUAAGAGAAGAUAAAGCAAACACAUAAGGUAAACUAAACCGAACAUAAACAUAAACAUACAUAUACAUAUAUUAUAUGUAUAUAUUUAAAGUAUAUUAAAAACUAAAUUGAGAUACACUAAAAUUACAUUUAUAAAUCAAAACACAACCGAAUGUUGAGCAAUGUCAGACAAGCGGAAAGACGCAGAACAAAAAUACAUACAUUAAAGUAUAUAAAUAAAUCGAUAUGGUACAUAUUUACAUAUAUUCGCAUAUACUAAAUACGACUUCGCAUUCAAGCCAACCUCCAAUCGGGCGCAUUUCCAAGACAAGGCGACCUUGACUUCCAGUCCAGCACAAGAAGAGAACGUUCCCCUUUUCCAAUCCAGUGAUAGCCUCAGCCAAAUCCCAAGUCCCCAAAAACCCCAAAACCCCAAAAACCAGCCUUCGAAUGCUCGACUUAAAUUUCUAUUCUACGCCCCACUUCUUUCAGUGUUUGAUGUCCAUAGAAGCCAUAUGCGAUAAAUAUCAGUGUAACUUAAAGCAAACCAAAGACCAAGAGAGAUCUACUCCUACAUACAUAUAUGGGAUACCCAAUGGCAAAUACAAAUAUAAUGUACUAAGCACAAGAUCGUAGCGUUAGACCCAGGAGACAUGUUCACUAAAUUCAGCAAGGAGUCCUUUUCACACUUCCUUUAGCAACUUAAGCCGCCCCUUGCUACUACUUCCUAUCGCUAUCUACCUAAAACCUAUCCAACUACACUCUUUCGAUCGUUAUUUUAAUACUACCUACUACCGAUAGUUAGUUACUUGCAUACGCCGCAUACGACUACUUCUGAUUCUCUCUCUUUCUGGGGGAACUUUGCUUUAAUCCGGUUCGGGAAAAUAUAGUCAACUGUUUCUUAAUGUUUGAAAAUUGCUUUAACUCAGCCCUCAUACACUCAGCAUACACAAACAAAUACAUUGCGUACCUCUUGCUUUACGAAAAUACAAACAUUCAAGAAAUGGAAAGUAUAAAGAUAACAAAAUAUAUUAAUGACAAAAUUUACCAAACAAAUAUAUUAAACAAGGCAUAUUUAAAGAGCGCAUAGAGUUGCAUAUGUACAUGUGCUUGGCCGGCAAAAACAAAAAUUGUGAGCAAAUGAUUACUUUAGACACACACUUACCACACACAGGACACAUAGAAACACAGCAGUUAAAGUCAACACUGUAAAUUGUAAACUGGCAAAUAGGGCAGAAUUAUAGAUAUCGGAAUUAGCCCGGAAAUGUUGAGGCGGAUGGAGAAGGACUUACCGAAAUCGAAACAAGCGUUAACUUUUCCCACGUAAAUGAUUUAAAUCUAACAAUCAAGUCACUGUAUUAUUCAGCCACAUCGGGUAGACAAUUACAAUCUACAAGCCUAACUUCGGCGUCCACCGAAGCCGGAAAGCCGCCGCGACCGGAAUAGAUAUCGCAUCCGGAAUGCGGGGGCGGACCGGAAACACACAGAUGCAGACAGAAGGACACACAGAUACACUCUAUAAUCAUUUACUAGACACCUAUACAACUAUACAACAGUUUAUUUCCUCGGAAACAAAGCGAACAAUAUAGAAUAAAUGAAAGUAAAUUCCCAUUAAACACACUGGCAAACAAUGAUAAUGGCAAAGAGUACUAUGCAAUAUGAAAUGGAUAAACAAAGCAAAAUGAAAACCAACUAAAUUGUUAUACUGUAUUAUUAUACUUUUUCUAUAAAUUAUAAUUUCCUUAUUGAACGAGAAAAAGCGAAAAAAUAAUAAUUAAACAACAAUUUCAAAGAAAAA